GUAAAUAAAUAAUUUUUAAAAAUGGAUGAAAAUUAUUUACUUGAAAAAGUUAUUGUUAAAAUUGAAAAAGAUGAAGAGGACUUUCAAGAGGAUCAAUCAAUUUUUAAUUAUGAAGAUUAUAAUUUUGGUGAAGAGUAUCCUGUAGAUAUUGAUGAUAUUAAGAUAGAAGAACCCGUCCAAAUAAUAAGAUCCAAAAAAUACGAGUGUGAUUUUUGCAAGCAUAAAUUUUCUCAUAAAAACGCUCUACUGGUUCACAUCAACAAACAUAUGACGACAAAAUACAGAUGUGAGUUCUGUUCAAAAAGUUACAUCACAAAAGAGGGCCUGACCCGUCACACAGCUCGGCAUACAGGCGACAUGCCUUACGAGUGUGAAAUUUGUGCUUCUAAAUUCGUGAUCAGAUCUACUUACGACAAUCACAUGCGAAUCCACAACGGCGAAAAGCCCUUCGCUUGUAACGUUUGUUCCUCGAAGUUUCGCGACAAAUGCCAUCUGGUUGUUCACCAGCGGAUUCACUCAGGUGACAAGCCCUACGCUUGUCACAUUUGCUCAGUGAAGUUUCGUCACAAUUCGAGCUUGAAGACUCACAUUAGAAUUCACACCGGCGAGCGGCCUUUCGGUUGCGAAAAAUGCUCUGCGACAUUCCGGAACUCUAGCUCGCUAAGGAGCCACAAGCAAGUUCACACUGAAGGAAUAAGUCAAAAAAGUAAAAAAAGAAAAGAAAAAGGAAAACGGUAUUCUUGUGAAAUUUGCUCUUACAAAUUUAGAGAAAAUUACUCAUUGAAAGUUCACAUACGCAGUCAUACUGGAGAGCGGCCUUAUGCUUGUCAAGUUUGCUCCUCGAAAUUUAAAGAUAAGUUCGGGUUGACCAGGCACAUGAAGACUCAUCAGAAGAAAUAUAAGGAACAUAAUUUGUGA